GGAAAAUAAAACUUUACUGGGCGUUUACUCGUCUCAUUUUAUGUGCUACGUUCAAAUACAAAACGUAGGCUGUUUAUUAAAUAGGCUGUAGGAUAUCUUUGCAGCAACUCUGUGGAAAUGGAAGUUGUUGCUGAAACUGGGGUUAUUGCGGACUCACCCGCCAAUUCACAACCUGCCGGCGACGUGAAUGAAGAGAGAGGUUCCCUCUUCGAUGUUACAUUUCUGGACCACGACUUUCCAGGUGCUGAGACUGAGACCCCGACCCGCAAGACAUACCAGGAGUUCCAGCCCAAAGCACUGGGGGUCUCUCAGAUCACUUUGGGUGUGUUUGUGCUCAACUCAGUUUAUGUCAGUGUAGCCAACCGAUUGGAUCAGAGAAAUGAAGAAGUAACCAGGGCGAUAGGCUCCCUGUCUGCGAUAGUGGCGGGAAGUGUGGCCAUAGCAGCACAGAGUCUUCAUGUUCCCACACUGAAGGCGUGUCUGGGGACACAGCUGGCUACCUGCCUUAUGGCCAUGUUCAACGUGGUCGUCGUAGGAGGAAAGCUGUCUGACACCCACUUAGUGCCAGACUGCUGGCUUUUCACUGAUUACAACAACACACAUCAUCACAUCACCUGCGACAAGCUGAUGAAUUCAGUGUAUCCAUUCUAUGUCGAGUGGUUCCUCGUGCACGCAACUCUCCUCGGCAUUUCUGUCACCCUGACUAUCUACAGCUGCAAGCUGCUCCGCUUCUGCUCCCCUGCAGCACCCAGCAUGCCUGUGGUCACUGCAUAUACUAGCCCUGCUCAGUGACAAGAGAUGAAGUACAUAGAAAGGAACCUAAAGCCAUCAUGAAGAGACACUGAUGGGUCUAUCUAGCCAUGCACUUUUUUCAAAUCUAUUUGUCACUAUGUUUUCUGUCUUGCACAAACACUUGAUGUUGAUAUGUUAUAUGGUUGCCUUUUUUAUGAUAUAGUUUGGUUAUUUUGUUGUGUGUUCUGAUGAUAGAGUAUGUCUGUUUAGAUCUAUAUGGUCUCAGGUGCUAUUUUAGUGAUGGGUUUAAGGGGUGAAACUUUGUGGGUACAUCAUAUUGAAAUAAACACUUCCUCAGGGUCAAAAACAUGUGCUUUCCUUGGCUCCAAAACAAAGCAUCUAUGUUUUAUUGGUUGUACAUACAAUACAUAUAGGUUUUACACACAUUUAAAACUGCCUUAUUCAUGAUUGUUUUUUAGUUAACAGAUACAAUCUAAAAAGGGUUCAGAUGCUGCAUUAAAAACAUUUUUCACACCAGAUCAGCAUGAUUUUUGUGCAUACAUUAAAUCUUCUGAUGGAUCAAUCAAUUGAUCAACCCUUUGCUGUUGCAGGAAGUCCAUUAAAGAGUAACUUGCUAGUCA